AUGAUGUCAUGUCUUAUGUUGUCGUUUCUGAAGUGGAAUCAAGUGUUGCACUCGUUUUACAUCGGAAUCACUCCUAAGAAGCACAGGAAACAUAUGAGAACUCAUUACAACUGCUUUGUGGCCACCGAUGCCGUCGAUUGGAUCUUAAAUUAUCUUCAAUUCAGUCCACACUUUACCGGACAACAGAUCUCGAGAUUCCAAGCCAUAAACCUAUUGCGGAAAUAUCUGGAGACGGAUGUCAUCGAGAGAGUGGACGCGAGGAAAGCGGGCCAACAGUUUCAGGACAACAAAGAGUUGUAUCGAUUUACCAACACUUUGGAGCAAUUCCUCUUCAAUGCCGUCAAUCAACUCAUUUUGUCGACCUAUUUGUCUGAAAGCAAUCUCCGACUCAUACCACUCCUCAACCUCUACUUCUUGAUCGGAAGAAUCACUUAUUGGAUCGGUUACCAAAUCGCCCCCAAAUACCGCACCUUCGGCUUCACUGUCACCUUCUGGCCAUCGGUGGCGGUGUUCACUCUGAACGCCUACUUCCUGUUGACCACAAACAACAAUUACCUCUUCGAUGGCGGCAAACCCUUUGGACGCAUCUGA